UGUGCAUUGUUUCGGAUCAGCUGUACAUGGAUCCGAAACCCCACCCAGCGAGGAAGGGCAAGCUAUAGGGAAACAGACGGGUAGUGAAAAAAUACUGGGUGCCGUAAGGAGCUGGGGUGGAAAUUGAACGUAUUCGAAAAAUACUAUAUACAUUCACGCAAAACAGCGAAUCGGAUAGAAAUACACACCCUAGCUAGCUACCUAGUAUUCCGGUUUCUCUCUGCGCGAUCUCAGCACGGCGGCGGUGUAGACAGUCAGCUGAUAUUUUGCUACAACAAUAUCCUCCACCGAGCCGCUUUUCCAAGAUGAUCGCCUUGUUUAACAAGCUCCUGGACUGGUUUAAAGCACUAUUUUGGAAAGAGGAGAUGGAGUUGACUCUGGUCGGUCUGCAGUAUUCGGGGAAGACUACCUUUGUGAACGUGAUUGCGUCUGGUCAGUUCAGCGAGGACAUGAUUCCCACUGUCGGGUUCAACAUGAGGAAGAUCACCAAGGGAAAUGUCACCAUCAAGUUGUGGGACAUUGGUGGACAGCCUCGAUUCCGGAGCAUGUGGGAACGCUACUGCCGUGGAGUCAGUGCUAUUGUGUACAUGGUUGAUGCUGCUGACCCAGAGAAGAUAGAGGCCUCAAAGAAUGAACUGCACAACUUGUUGGACAAACCCCAGCUUCAGGGUAUUCCUGUCCUUGUUCUGGGAAAUAAGAGGGAUCUUCCAGGUGCCUUGGAUGAGAAGGAACUGAUAGAGAGAAUGAAUCUGUCUGCAAUCCAGGACAGAGAGAUCUGCUGUUACUCCAUCUCCUGUAAGGAAAAGGACAACAUCGAUAUCACACUACAGUGGCUGAUCCAGCACUCCAGAACCAGGAGAAGCUGAAACUGUAGACGGAGUGACCUGAAUGACAGCAUCAUGAGACCACCCUGACCACCCCUUUCCUCCUCCUCCUCUUCCUCAUCCAGGAUCUUUUCCCUUCUGUAAAAAACUUCCCACCUCCAGCCUGCCCCCCCUACCCCAUCUUUUGCCAAGGUCCCUCCUGAUUCCGUUCUUGUAAAGAGGGUAUGAAGACUAUUAUUUGCACUUUUUCAAUAUUUUUGUUUUAUACUGUAUACUUUUGCUUUAUUUGAUUUCAACUGGAUGAAAUUUACUCAUGACAGUCACUGAUCAAAGAUCCUUUGUCCCCAGUUCACUUUUUCCCAUUUUUAAUUUUUGUGUAUAUACACAUCGCUCAUGACACCAAGUAUUAUUUGAGAGGCAACCUGUGUUACUCAUACUAGUUUAAAAACAAUAUGGAAGGUCAGGUCAACCUGGCACCUGUGCUUGUCCAGGUAAAUAUAAGUCUGUAUAUGAUAAAAAUGGAAGGAUUAUGAUUCAAUUGAGAAGCUGUGAACUAAAAUGAGAAUUUAUCAGCCUUAUUCAUUGUCCUUCUUCAUCAUACCUAUACUGCUUGUAUAAAUUGCCAAAAUAAGUGUCAGGUUAGAGGAGACCAUGAGAAUCUCCUGAUGUCUUUCAUAUGUUUGUAAAGUUUGAGGUGGUGGUUGCUGUGUCACAUGACAAUUGACCCUACCAAUCAGGCUUAGUUAUUUGUGUUUACUCUCAGUUUUUAUACUGAGCUUGCAUUGUGUUUUUUUUUUUUUUUUUUUUUUUUUUUUUUUUUGCAUUUGAAGCUGAAAUUGUCACAAGUAAAGCAAUUGAACAACAUGUUAGCUAUUUGCUAUUAGCUAUAAAGCAGGCAUUUUUGAUAUUGAGGAAUUUGACAAAGAAGCAAAUUUGAAAGAGUUGUUUAAGCUUUUUUGUUGAGACACUAAAAUACUUUUGUAUUGUUCAGUGCAAUAGUAUUUUAGCGCUUUAAGCUGCCAUUCAAAAAAAUGUCAUAGACUGUCAGCAAAUGCUAAAGUCUUCUUGUACUUCAUCAAAACCAUGCCUAUAUCGCUGUUUCAUUUAUGCACCAUAAUUUACAGCCAAGAAACCUUUACAACCUUAAUGUGAAAGUUUCACUUAAUGUGAAAAUUUUUUAAGAAUGUGUUUUGUGUGCUUGUCAUUUUACCCCAUGGAGUUUACUUAUAUUAAAUCAUAAAUUCUUAUUAUGGCUGUGCUUUGUUUACAACAAUAUAAUGUUAAUCAGAGUAGGAAGAUCAAUCACAUUUUAUUUUGUCUAACAUUUUAGUGCCAUUUAGAGUGUCUGUUCUUAUUUGCAUCCAAAUUGUUGAAGCGUUUUCAGUCUGUAGGAUUUGUUUUAUCCAUGUGAUACAAAAACAGUGGUGAUAACUAGAUGCUCAGACUGAAUAGAGUAAUAUAUAAACUUGAUUUACCCCAGCCCUGUUGGCAUCAUGGUGACACGUUUUAUGGCCUAAAAGCUUGUGGGACAUCAUGUUUCUCAAGAAUGAGCUGACCUUCCUUUCUCCAUAGGCUUAGCUGUUAAAUUGUUUUGUCUGUUUACUUGUAUCAUGCUACACUUUAACAGAGUCAUUAAGGGGGAUUAUUGAACCAAGUGACUAAUAGAGAACAUCUGAUAUUUAUGAUACUAAGUUAAUGACAGAUAUGCAGAUAUUAAUAAAACAAAAAUAUGUUUUCUGCUUAUGAUCCAAGUGUAACAGAAUUGUAUACGUUCGUUUUUACAGCAUGGGAAUAUAUUUUAUGCGGUGUUUCACAUGUAGAAGAUGUGUGUACUGACUGAGAUGUUAGAUGGUUUGCUGAUACAACUCUGAUCAUCUCGAAUGAUCUCCAUUUCCUCUGUCUCACUUUCUCUCUUAUUGAUUCAUUUUAACGGUCUAGGCCAUCUGUCCUCAGGUUCAUCUCCCUCAUGUGUGCAGUAGGCCUCAGGUUCAUCUCCCUCAUGUGUGCUGUAGGCCUCAGGUUAAUCUCCCUCAUGUGUGCUGUAGGCCUCAGGUUAAUCUCCCUCAUGUGUGCUGUAGGCCUCAGGUUCAUCUCCCUCAUGUGUGCAGUAGGCCUCAGGUUGUCUCCUAUGGGUUACACAAGUCUGAAUUAUGAAAUUAAUUGGAUCAUGGUAUCAUUUGGAAUGACUACAAAGUAUUUUAUUGUUCCAUAAAACACCAAGUUAAUCCAUUAUUCACGAUUACUUUUUGAUAUUUCUGCACUUCCUGCAUUGUAUUCCCAAAUUGCGUAGAUGAACUCCUGUGUUAUCCCUUCACUUUAAUAAAUAAACAGUGAAGAAAAACACUGGUUUUCACUGACAGUCAUCCAUCAAGGUAUUAUCUGAUUGUUUGCAUUCUUGUGAUUUGAUGGCAGGCAGCACUCAGAACAGGUUUCAGUAUCACCGCUUACCCUCCUCUCAGUGUAACCCUCUGUUGCCUCAUUUUGCUCCUGUUUUGCACGUCAGACUUUGUUUCAAAGCACCUGUUCCAACUAACGCUGAAUAGAGCAGCGAUAAGAGUUUAUUUUGGUAGGUACUGAACAUGGGUACAUUAUUAGAGUAAAUAUGUGUACAUUUUCUUUUCUUUUUUGUUGACAGGAUCUUGUAUAUAGUGACUUGAAACCAAAAGGACUUUGGAAGCGUUCUGCAGUUUAAUUACAGUUUACUGUGUCUGGGCAGCAUCUCGUUAUGUCUCCUGGUGGGAAGGAGAGAAUAGGCGUGAGUGCGUGAAUGUGCGUCUGAGUCAGUGCACCAUGAACACUAAAACGGAUCUAAAACGUGCUUUCACACACUCACAGCAUGGUGGACCCCCACCCUCUCCGAGCCUCUGCUACUCAUUCCUAACCCUGGAGGCCUGCAGACAGAAACGGUGUUUAAAAUUCAUUUCAAAGCACAGAUAUUUAAAAUUCAAAAGUACACAUUGUGUUUUACACAAAUCAUUCCCAAUCAAGAUACAAACAGCAAAAGAAACUUGUAAAGAUCAAUAUUUUUAUUAUUAGUAAUAGUAGUUGUAGUUAUAGUAGUAGCAAUAUUAGUCUGGCAUUUUAUGUUAUUGAAAUUUGACCUUUUUUUCAACAGCCUGAGCUGUAGAAAUAGCUGUAGAAAUAGCAUGGGCCCUUAUAUUCCUCUCACACAAUCCGUGGAGUUUUGGAAACAGUUGUAAGCGCAAGUAGGAAAGGGACAGCGGCUGCAUCUCUUACCCAUGAUUCCCUGCAGCACAGCGCGUAGCACAGGCUGAAAAACAUGCCAGGAGAGGCCUUGGUGCCUUCAGGGUGAAAGACCGAGUAGCUCUGGCUUAAUAUCACAUAGUGCAGUGAGACAUCUCCCAAGCCAUGGCAGUUGUGAAUCAGCCAUGAUUUUUGACAAAUUUGUUACAAAAACCUUUAUUCUUACUGAGACAUGGGAACCCUGAACUCUUUGAAGCUCCUUGGUUGUUUAUCUGUGUGUCAUUUUGUCUACCCUUCAAACCAACAUUCAGUAUCAGGAACUACAGUAAUUUUCCCUUUUGGGCUGUUUCCAGUUUAUUUUUUCUGUUUGUUUUUGUGUAUCUACACUGCAGUUUAGUAUUUGUGUGGAAUCUAUACCAUGCAUGUUUUUGGAGUAUUGCAGGGGAGUAACCAAUUUUCCAUUGUUGUCAUACCUGACUCAUUUUCUUUUUACUUUUUACUUUUUUUUUACUUCGAUUCAGCUGUGGGUGCCAUCAAAAACGCAACGUGGCUUUAGUAAAGAAAAAAGAGACUAAAAGGUGUAGCGUAAAAAAAACGAUUUCAACUUUUAUUUCCUCCACACCAUUCCAUUCACACUUUUCAGAAGUGUCUUCAGAAUUCAUUUUUGUUAUUGUUGAUUUCUAGAGAGCAUGUUGUCAUUUCGUUGUCUAAAGGGUCAGGGGUUCAGCAGCCCCCAAAACAACCGGUGGAUUCCUCCAGCAUGUGCCACUCUGGAAAUGAAAACAUUGGGGGGCCACAUUAUGUAUGGAAGUGGUAUGUACCUCCUCCUGUACUUUAUCACAUGCUAAUAUCAUGGAGCUCUUUUAUCACCAUGAACUGUAGCAUGUAAUGUCAGUGACAAACAUAUUACGCAGUAGUUUUCAAGAUAAAAAAAACAUGUAAUUAUUAUUUUUCUUAAAUAUGUACUAUAAAUGGCUGUUCUUUUCUUUUUAAUUAUUUUUGUUUUGAAAAAAUAACUUUGUAAAAAAUUGUCAACAUGGUCUGAUAUAACAAGAGAACUUGAGUGUUUCUGUAAUACAAAUUUGGAGAAAAAGAGUAAAAUAUACAAGCCAAUUUAUUUUAACUCCUGUUUAUAUUAUAUUGUCCUGCCAGUGAUAACUGUACUGUUGCUAUUGGUAUCUUGAAAUAAUUUAAGAAGAUAAAUAAACAAUUUACAACACAAUAAAA